AUGACAAGGUGUCUGUUACAAGUCGCAAUUAAAAAUCGGGAGGAAAACCACGUAUACAGUAGCUGCUACGACCUUUGCUGGUGCAGUCCUAAGGUAAAAUGUAGGAAUGUAGCAGAAAGCCAGCCAAAGCGGUACAACGUUAAGGUUUCAAGCGAUGCCAGGCCCAAUGCAGCAGGUUAUCUUCUGAGGAUAUACAGCAUAUUAUUUCUAGCUACAAUUUCUUAG